AUGCCUCCCAAGAAGACACAGAACGAGCCUAAGAAGAAGAAGCCCACCGUUGAUGAUAAGACUUUCGGUCUCAAGAAUAAGAAGGGAGGAGCGGCCAAACGACAGAUUCAACAGCUGAACGCACAGGCUGCAAGCAACAAAAACCCAGAAGAGAAGAGAAAGGCCGCCGAGAAGGCGCAGCGUGAGGCUGAGAAGAAAGCCGCAGAACAAGCCAAAAAAGAAAAUCUUGAGCUCUUCAAGCCUGUGCAGGUCCAGAAAGUUGCAUUUGGUGUUGACCCAAAGACUGUGCUAUGUAUCUUCUUCAAGCAAGGUCACUGUGAUAAGGGCCGGAAGUGCAAGUUCUCCCACGACCCCAAUGUCGAGCGCAAGGCAGCCAAGAAGGAUCUGUACACCGAUUCGCGUGAUGAGGGAGCCGAAGAGGAGGAAAAAAGGAAGAAGGAUACCAUGGAUGACUGGGACGAGGAGAAACUUCGCAGUGUCGUUCUCAGCAAACACGGAAACCCGCGCACAACCACCGAUAAGGUGUGCAAGUUCUUCAUCGAGGCUGUGGAGAACCAGAAAUAUGGUUGGUUCUGGACUUGUCCCAAUGGAGGAGACAAGUGUAUGUACAAGCACAGCUUGCCACCAGGAUUCAUUUUGAAGACCAAGGAGCAAAGAGCCGCCGAGAAGGCCAUGAAGGACAAAUCGCCAUUGAGCACCCUCACUCUGGAAGACUGGCUGGAUUCAGAGCGUCACAAGCUGACCGGCACCCUCACACCGGUCACCCCGGAGACAUUCGCUGCGUGGAAGAAGGGUCGUCUGGACAAGAAGGCUGCCGAACUACAAGCACAGCAAGCCAAGGAGGCUACCGGUCGUACACUCUUCGAGAGUGGCAACUGGGCCGAGGAGGACAGCGAACCUGAGGAAGGAGAGGACGAGAAUGGCACAUGGAAUUUGGCAGUCAUGCGCAGGGAAACCGAGAGGUUGCGUGAGCAAAAGGAAGAAGAACGUCUACUCAAGCUCAACGGGGGAGUCCUACCCGAAAGCACACCUGAAGCUGUGGGUUGA